AUGUCCGAACAGGCCUCUCAAACUAAAGUCUUCGUUUCUAACUUGCCAUACAGAACCAACUGGGCUGCUUUGAAGGAACACUUCAGCGCUGCUGGUAACGUUACUUAUGCAAGAAUCUUCACUGACUCUCAAACCAAGAGAUCCAAGGGUAUUGGUUUUGUUGAAUUUGAUACUCCUGAAGCUGCUGCUAAGGCUAUCCAAAUGUUCAACGAAUCCGAAUUCAAUGCUAGAAAGAUCUACGUCAGACAAUUCCAAGAAAAGGAGAAGACUGAAGUUGCUCAACAAUAA